AUGGAAACCCAAGACGACAGCAUCGACCUUGCAAAGUUGCAACGCGACGCGUUGGGGCUAGAGCACGAUCUAUCUCGUCCGUACCUGUCGGAGUCUGCAAAAACUGGUAACCAGCCGAAUCACACUCUUUGUCACACACACCAUAAAGUGAACGCCGCUUCCAAUGGUGACGGAGUGUGCACCGGCCAACACCCAUCUCUGAAAACACCAUCGAACCCCGCGAGCCUUGUGCACCAACACAAAUCCUCCCCGUCUCGAUCUUGGCAGCAUGAAAAACUCCCAGUAAUGUCUAAUAAAAAUGGAAAUCAAGCGGGCAUUGCGCCGGGCUCGCAACUCGGCAAUAUAGGCCCCGCAGAGGCUGCUCCUGGGGAUACUCAGGUCGUCUCGCAGUCAGUGUAUGACAGCAUCAUCAGACAAAAUGAGGAGUCCAUGCGACAUGAUUAUUCACAAACGGGGGCCGAUGGGGCAACAUUGAGAACAUUGCAUGAGGGCGACAGCGGCCACAUCGACCUUCUCUUCGAAUUGGACGCCGCCCACCACAGAACGAACCUCUCCCAAGACGACGAUGAUAAUGACGACGGGAGCACCAUUGAUCAGAACGAGUCUUCCCCAAUGGUCUACGCACCGGAUCUCUUCCCCGAAUCGCAACGGUUUUUAGCAGAAACACCCGGGACGGCAGCGAAGAAUAACGAGACAAAGGGUGGGACAGCAGAGACCCCGAGCAUCUCGCGAAAUCCCUUGGCUAGUGGCAUCGAGUCAAGUGGCGGUCUCCUUGGCCUCAGUCAGGUGUUUGGGGCUACCCAAGUCCCGUCGUCCCCCAUUGUCCACAGCCUGCAGACGGAGCUUGUAUCCGAUCGUCCGUCCCCCAAUAUCCCGAUUCAACCCGCUCGUGUUGUCAAUGGUAUCUCAUCACCGUUGAUGGGCCUGCCGGUUCAGUUCAUGCGAGAAUCCUCGGAACCGAACAUGAACUAUAUAUCGAUGAAGGAAUCGCAGACAAAGCGUGAUAGGACAUUGGGGGAGAGGUUGACUCGCUCGGCCGACAACAUCCAGUCGGAUCAGAGUGACAAGGAGUUCUUUAAAGAAUCAAGCUUUAUAGAACGGGCACGACGACAGCGAGAAAUCGACGAGGAAGCUGCGGCUCAGUUUGCCGGGCUGAGUGCUCCUGCCAGACCUAGACCUAAUGGGUCUGCUAUAUCACAGACGUGUCCCGAGCAACCAAGAGAACGGCAAGAAGACGAGGAAACAAUAGAAGCUGUUGCCAGCGAGGAAGAAACCGAACAAGAGGAAGAAAUGCAAGUGCCCCGGUCACAAGAAUUUCCUCAAUCUUCAGCCGAAGAAGACAAAGAAAACUACGACGGACCUCCUCUGGAUGCCGCUGCUGCCGCUAGUGCCCACAACCGGCUAUCUCAGGUACUUGGGCUUGAGCCAAUACUGAGUCCAUCCCGUGUGAGGGUGGACGAGGAGCUGGAGGAUGAGAUAGCUCAUCGAGACUCGUUCGGCUCUCGCAGUGGUGCUCAGCUGAAUGGAGUCGUGCGCUCUUCCCAAGUAAUGGUAAAAGACUCACAGCCGUCACCUCAGUCAUCACCAGAGCGCAUAGAAGUUGAAAAUACGAAGAACAUGAUUGAUCAGUCGCCUUCGCGUUCUCAUGUGAAUUCUCCUGCACGAGAACGUCUUCAGUCCUCCUCUCCCUGCUCACGACCGCAAUCAAGACACUCAAACAGCAAUACCCAGAGAAAUGGCUUCGUAUCGAAUGGUCAUGCCAUUCAACCCGUUCAAAGUGCGCCACUUAACGAGAGUAUACCGGCACACUCCAGCAACAACUCGGAGGAGCAACUUAUAAACUCAUCUCAUUCCAGAGUCGAAGCGGGAAUUGCGGGUAAUUCAUCAUCGAUGCCAUCCCGUGUGGCUGAGACACCGAUGAAUCAACGUCUGAAGCAUCUUGGUGAUAUGGCUCGAUUGACGAGUAUCCCAGAAACAAGUCCCAAUCACUCCCAAUGCAAUUCCGAGACUGGGUGGAAUGGCGAUGGGCUGAACAACGAAGACGAUGAUCUUCCACCCAUGUUCAAUGAAGUCCCCACUAUUCGGAAGAAUCAUAUCCGCCCAGCUGGGGCAAGAGCACUCUCUUCGCCUCUCAAAAAAUUGUUGUCCAGCCCGGGUGGAGGCCAGCGUAGGGCUCUGACUGAAAUUGCAGCAGAUCUUUCCCCGCAGGUUGGGGUAGGCGGAUUUGAUUUGGGAAUUGGGGUCUUUACCACCGACGAUCAAGAAUUCAGAGCUUUGAUUGAUGGAUCGCCAACUCGACCAAAGAAGAAGAGGCGCGGCAAUAAUGGCUCGAGCUACAUUGCCUCCGACCCUAUUAUCCCUUUCACCCCUCGUGCACAACCUCCAAAAUCCGUUGCACCCAUUCGAGCAACACAAGAACGACCAGCUCCUAUUCCCACAGAGUCAGAUGAUGAUGUGCCAUUGGUGCGAAUCUCCGAAAAAGCCGUGCGAAGGCAAUCAAAGCCUCCGCGACGAGCACCUGAGAAUGUUUGGGAGAUCGAAAAUUCGCCUGAACAGCCCCUCCGUCGGAGAUCAAGGAUCGGCAAGAUGGCUACUUCACUGCCUACGAAAGAGAAGCAUGUCCCAGAAACGAGCUCCAGGCUUGCUGCGAAAUCAGCACCUGCGCCAAAGGUUGUCGUUCAUAAUCGACAACCACCUCCAUCGUCGGAACCCACUGAUGCAUCAUCAACAAUUGCCUCGGAUUAUGUUACUGAAUCGGAGGCGUGCAGUGUAAAUGACUCUCCUACCACACCUAGACCAUCCCACAAUCUAUCGGAAAACAUUAUCGUUGCUCCAAGUCAGGUUCUUUCUGUCUGGAUGGGCCAGAAACGGGCAUACUACCCAGCAACAUGCUUCGGAACACCACUGGGUGUAUCGCAGACAAAAUACUCUGUGAAAUUUGAGGACAGUCUUCCUGUCGAGGUGCCGAAGGGUGCCGUUAAGAGAUUCGAGCUUCGUGUCGGAGAUGCUGUCAAAAUCGAUAUGCCUAAUGUUCCAAAGGUUACUCAUGUCGUCCGCGGAUUCUGUGACAAACUCAGUAGAGAAGAGCUAGUUAAAGCUGCGGAUGAUGGCCUUCAUCCUAUCACUGACAUUUACGGUCACACAACUGUCAUAGUCGGCCCCAAGCAACGCAAAAGUCUGCCAAAUGGGGGGCUUGGCAACAGCGAGAAUGUGAUUAAGGUGCCGAUCGCUCGUGUCUAUCUCGAUACUAUCCUAUGGAAUCAACUCAAAGAUCGGGUGUUCACAUAUCGCCCGGCGCCUGUUCAGCAAGAGAGCAUGGUCCAUACCCCAUCCGAAAGGUCAUCCGCGCCUGCUUCUCCCAGUUCUCGCUUGUCCCGCAGCAUUCAGCAAGGUAGCGGCAUCUUUGCUGGGAUGGUAUUUGCAGUCUCUUACAAGGAGGACGAAGCCUCUAAAAAUCGUGUGACUAGACUGAUCAUCGAAAAUGGUGGCACUGUAUUACAUGAGGGAUUUACAGAAUUGUUCGAGGCUUCGUCAAUUGUUCCUGUUGAUACUCCCAUCAAAGGUGGCACCAAGGACGCAGACCUCAACCAGAAAGGUCUCCGUCUUACAACUCUUGCUGAGGAUGUGGGCUUUGCAUGUUUAAUUGCCGAUACCCAUUCACGGCGAGAAAAAUACAUGCAAGCACUGGCGUUGAACCUCCCAUGUCUGGCUGGCCGGUGGGUAGAGGACUGUGUCGCCCAAGCUCGCAUCCUCGACUGGGAUAUCUAUCUCCUCCCAGCCGGUGACUCAAUGUACCUCAAUGGAGCAACAAAAUCCAGAGUCAUGACCCCUAGCCAUCCAUCCACAGCCCGCCUUGCCGAAACUAUAUCCGCACGCACAAAGCUGCUCGCUGGGCAAUCAGUGCUCCUUGUCAUGGGCCGUGGGAAGGUGGAGGAAAAGAGAAAAGCCUACAUAUUCCUGACCUAUGCCCUGGGGGCCUCUCGGGUUGAGCGUGUCCCUGAUCUCGGCACGGCUAGGGCAUUGAUAGAUUCGCAGGCUGACGCCGGUCUGUCGACUAGCUGGGACUGGAUCUAUGUUGAUGAUGCAGAUCAAGCUGCUGCAAAGUCGAUGUUGACACCCAAACCGAAGGCGCAGAGAAUCCAUUUGUUCCAUGGGAAUAAGCGUAGGAAGUCGAUUGCAUCGUCCACUCCCACGCCCCCUAAUGAGCUUCAGUGUACUGCGAGGGUUGUUGGUAAUGAGUUUGUUUGCCAAAGUUUGAUUUUAGGUCGCUUAUUUGAGGAGUGA